UUUGGAUUUGGACAUUACAUUUGAAUAAUCGUUGAAUAACAUGUUGAAUUGACGUUUCAUGCAGAGGUAAUUAAUAAGCAAGCAAGUGGCGGCUUCUUUAUAAAUCACAGAUGAGCAAUGCAGAGAGCAAGCAAAACGUAAAAGGAGCUGAUCAAUUAAGAUGAACACAGCUGUUGCUCUAGUUGCUUUCUUCUUGGUUCCCUUGUGCAUCCUGCUAGCAGAAAGUAAGAGAAGGAGGAGCAUCAAAAGCAAGAUACCUCUCCUUCCUACACUUCCAGGCCUCCCCUUUAUAGGUAAUAUUCAUCAACUUGGCUCGUUGCCACAACACUCACUCAGGGAGCUGUCGAAGAAGCAUGGAUCCCUCAUGCUCCUACAUCUUGGCUCCAUUCCCACACUGGUUGUCUCAUCGCCGCAGCAUGCUCAAGAAUUCGUGAAAACUCAUGACACCAUAUUUGCAAGCCGACCCUCCACCAAAGUAUCAAAGUUAUUAUCUUACAAUAAUAUUGACAUAGCAUUCUCACCUUAUGGUGAUUGUUGGAGACAGAUGAGGAGAAUUGGCAUGACACAUCUCUUCAGCCAAAAAAUGGUGCAGUCCUUUAGCAGUAUUCGUAAAGAGGAGAUGGCUUGCUUUCUUGAUAGAAUUGCAGAUUCUGCUUCGAAAAAUAAUGGUGUUGUAUGUAUCACUGAGAUGUUCACUUUAUAUGUUAGCAGUAUUCUCUGCAGAGUAGUUUUAGGAUCAUCGAUGAGUGAUGAAAAGAGGAGAUUGGUUUGUGAACUGGUACAGAAGAACUCAACUUUCUUUUCCGUUGUAUUCUUCGAAAACCUUUUCCCAAAGCUGAGGUGGUUGGAUGUGCUUUUUGGAUUGGAGGCCAGACUUAGAAAUCACUUCAAUGCUUGGGAUUCUCUCUUCGAGGAGUUUAUUGAUAAUCAUUUGAACAGGCACAGGGAAGAUGGUGAUAGCAAAGACACUUCAAGUGAUUUCAUUGAUAUUUUGCUUGAAUUGCAGAGAGGUUCUAGCUUUGACAUUACCCUCACAAGGGAACAUAUCAAGGCAACUCUAAUGGAUAUGUUUGCUGCAGGAACAGACACUUCAUUCGUUACCUUAGAUUGGAGCAUGGCUGAACUUAUUCGAAAUCCGGAAGUGAUGAAGAAGGCAAGAGAUGAAGUGAGAGAAAUAGCUAAUGGAAAAGAUAUGGUAUCUGAGGAACAGUUGGGACAACUCAAAUAUUUGAAUGCUGUUGUGAAGGAAGUCCUUCGCCUUCAUCCACCUAUUCCUCUAUUGCUUCCACGAGAGUCCAGUCAAUCUUGUGAAGUAGAAGGAUAUAACAUUCCUAAAGAAACAAGAGUAAUUAUCAAUGCAUGGGCUAUAGGUAGAGAUGAAGCUUAUUGGGAUUCUGCUGAAGAUUUUAAACCAGAGAGAUUUUUGGGCAGUACGAUAGACUAUAGAGGUAAAGAUUUCCACUACAUACCAUUUGGGGCAGGAAGAAGAAUUUGCCCAGGGAUGCCAUUUGCAAUGUCUAUCGUCGAACUUACAUUGGCAAAUAUCUUGCUUCGCUUCAAUUGGUCACUUCCUAGAGGCAAUAAUCAUGAAGACAUGAACAUGGAGGAUAGUCCGGGAUUGGUUGCUAUGAGAAAACAUAAACUUGAAUUAGUACCAACACUUGCUAAGACCAAUUAAGUGCAUAAAAGUUUAGCACAGAUUGUAACA